AUGGGAAGCGGAAAAAUCCCUCCCAUCUCCCGUCUGCGAUGGCGACGGGUGAAUUGCGGUUGUCCCAAUUACCACGCCCUCACCCCCUUUCCCUUCACCCCUCAAGCUGAAAAACCUCCUCGUCACCUUUUCAUCCAGCAAGGCAGUCUCCAUCCGCGAGCAGAGUGCGGAUGGAGAAGGAGGACGCAUGAAUACUCACGCGGGCUAAGAGGCGGGUGGUGGGUGGUGGGUGCUUGCUGGUGUGGUUUGAGGAGAGCGAUGAGGAGUUGGAGCGAAAAAGGCGUGAGUUGCUGCUUCGGAUCUCCCCAGGGACAUCGCAAAGUGAACUCGUUAAAAAUUUACGUCCCUGCACACGGACAACUCGUUCUCUGCGUCCAUCCAACUAGCAAACCCACUCAUCGCGCAUCGGCCAGACAAAGAGGGAAAAGAGCCAUCCCAUUUCGCUGA